CACCGAUAGCGGCGGCGGAGGUGCAGGAGUAGCGGCUGCCGGUGGUGCCGGAGGAGGUAGCGACUACGAGCCAGGUGAGGUUCGUCGGGAUCAACCUACGUACGCUCGCUCCGAUAGAUUUCCUGAUAGCCAUGCUUUGAAUAAAUGCCUGGUGCCAGAACUUGAAUCUUGAGGAAGGCACAUUGGUAUGGUUUUGGUGAAUGGUGAAUGGUGGUGGAUUCGGUGUGAAAUAUUGUUUUAGGGGUUUUGAAUUGUAAAAGAUGCAUAUGGGAAAUUACAUUGAAAGACUUAUGCAUACAACUGUAAAUGUUGCCUGGAGCAAGAACUUGACUUUUGAGGAAGGCACAUUGUUAUGGGGUACUGGUGAUGGAUUUGGUCUGAAAAUAUUGGUUUUAGGGGUUUUGAUUUGUAAAGAUGCACAUGGAAAUGACCUGGAAGAACUUGGGUGUGUGGGUGUCACUCAUUUCAUGGGGACUAUAUCUGGGUUUUGACAUUUAAUGGGACAUAUAUUCAUGGUCAGCCACAUACUCAAUCUCAUGAAAAAAUCUUAUAGAAUUUGAUAUUUUCGUGUAAGCUGUAAGGUGGUUUGAGAAGUUGUUGGGCACUGCCAUUGACAUUGAUUUUUACUAUUGCAUUUGUUGCCGGUACUGUUAAUAGUAAUAAUUAACAUCAAGCCAGGGAUUUCUGACGAGGGAUGGAACUUAAUGACUUCUGGUGAGUGGUAUAAACCAUCAGGUGAAAUAUAAAUGAAGACCCACAUUCUGUCGGUGAUGGUGUGGAUUGGGGCUGGCAUCCAAUAUUUGGUCUUCAAUCAUGUAGUAUUUCACUAUUUGUGCUUGGAUUUCUUGGCAACUAAUGUAUGUCUAGUUUGCUUGUAUGUCCCUUUUUAGCUUCUGAAUGAGUGGUGCUGCUUUUGAGGGGAACUUUUAGUUUCAAUUUUUUGGAUGGUUAAGUUGGGCUUAUAUUGUGCUUGUCAGUUUUCUUGAGCAAGACAUGUUUCUCCAUUAGUUCAUAUUAUCCUGGGAAUAUUUUGCAGUGGAAUUGGCUUAUUGCAUUUAGGUUUGAGCUCAUAGGUUCUUUAACAUGUGCUGGAUAAGAUGUAGGAUUUUUCAUGUAUGUUGUGGCCUCCUCUUUUCAAUAGUUCAACAGACUUCUACGUUGAUUAUUGAUUAUUCAAAAUAAAUGGUUAACAUUAGACCAUUAGUUGUUUCUUUUACAGUUUUGAUUGACUGACUUUUCUACCCUAAUCUGCCCUCUUUUAUUGAUAAAGGAUGUGGAAAUUAGAUUUAAUGGAUUAUGUGAAAUUUGGUUAACUAAUUUUAUUAUACACUCUAUUGUAGCUGGCAACUAGGAUGGGGUAGCCAAUUCAGUCAGUAUUUGCAUCUGUAAGUGUUGGUUGCCUUUGAUUAAAAAAAUUGGGCUUACAGUGUGAGGUAUUUUGGGGAAAACUAGUUUAUCUGUUUUAUGGUGUUAAUCUUGAGGAUCACAAGCAAUUGCAUUUGAGGGGUGGAUAUAAAUAUUCUUUGGUACAGUUGUUUUUACUGGUAUCAUUGACAAGCCACUUCGGAGGUAAUUUCAAGGCAGUAAUUCACUGGGAUCAAUAUCAUCUUCAUGCUAUCAUUUUUAUUCUUGAAAAGAAGACCUGAAUAAUGGGAAUUUUUGACGGCAUAGUUGAUUGUUGUUCCAUGGGUUGCAAAAUAUAGCUUUAGUAGGAAACUGUGCUUUGGGUUGCUUUUUAAGUUAUGAUACCGUCUCUCUUAUGUUCUGGGUUUCGCUGGCCAUUUUCAGGAUAUAGAAUGCGUGCAGGUUCUGUUUCUCCUGUACGCCGUAGGAAUACAGAUCGCAGGUACAGUCCAAAUUUUGAUAAUUCUAAUGGACCACCUCAUGGUCGUGGAUUUGGCGGUGGGAGAGAUCCUGGUAGAUAUAGAGACUACUCACCCCCUUAUGGUCGUGGAAGGGAAGGUGGCAGGUUUCCAGUUAGAGGCUAUGAUCGACAUGGUUUUGUUCCGGGAUCAGUUAGAGGGGAAGGUGUGGCUAGAAAUAAUCCAAAUGUGCAGCCAAGAGAAGGUGACUGGAUAUGCUCCGAUCCCCUGUGCAACAACUUGAACUUUGCUCGACGAGAGUACUGUAACAACUGCAAUAGACCCCGAUACGCACCUGCUGGGAGUCCUAGGAGAGGUCAUGCCAGUCUCUUGCCUAUCACUGGACGUCUCGGGCCUUCUGGCCCCCCAAUGGAUCGUUCUCCUGGAAGGCUCAUGAAUGGGUAUAGAUCCCCUCCUCGUGGCUGGGCUAGAGAUGAUCCUAGAGAUUUUAGAGCUGGGAUGCCUCCUCCGAGAUAUGAAGGCAGGUUUCAUGAUCACCCUCCCUUGCGCAGAGAUAGACCAGAUUUUCCUGAAGAUGAUUAUAGGGACAGAGGUAGAUUUGAUAGACCACUGCCACUUAACUGGGGCCACAGAGAUCGUGGGAGGGAGACCUACAUAGGCGAGAGGCGACUGCCAUCUCCACCCCCACCUCCGCUACCAUCCCUACCACCUCGCGGUCAGUGGCCUCGAGACAUCAGAGAAAGGAGCCGCUCUCCAAUCAGAGAUAGAGCACCACACCCAAAGGACUAUCGCCGCCCCAUGUUUGUGGACAGAGGCCGAGAUGAUCGUCGCGCUGGCCGUGAUGCGUUUUAGCUGUGGUUCGAUUAAAUUUGAUGCUGUGUUAUAAACCGAAGCCCCUACUCUUUUCAAUUGUUUCAUGGAUUUGUAAAACACGACACAGCCCAUUAAUACUGUCCGUGAAACCCUCCUUACGCAGAGCAAAGGAUGAGUGCCUUUUUCCCCUUCAGGACUUGUCCAUUCCUAUUGCACAUCAAAACUACGGAGUAUUAUAGAAACGAAAUUCUUUUAGCAA